CUUUCUUCUCUUCUCAUCGGCCGACCUUCACUCUCUUCCUUCUUCGAUUUCCGGCGAAAGUCUCUCAGUUUUUUUAACUCUUUUUCCUCAAUUCCAUCGAAGACUCUUCAAUCAAGGGUUUGAUUAGGGUUUUAGCGUUCUGAUUUAGAUCCAUUCAGCUACAAUGGAAGCUCCUGCGAAAGAAGAAGAGAUCGUCUCUGAUAGGACUGGAAAACUGGCUGGCACUGUCAACUGGGGUACUGCCACGGUUGUUGGAGUAUUUGCCGGCAUGUUGUUUGGAGGUAGCAAAGCGGCUUCCGAGUCUGUGAGCAAGGAUGCAGAAGUAAUGUUGAAGCUUGGGAGCACACCGGAUAAGCGUGAACAGUAUCGACUCAUGAGGGAUGCAAUGGAGAAGAGAUUUAUUACAGUUGCUCGUGGUUCCAUAGUCGGUGGAAUUCGACUGGGGAUGUUCACUGCUGCCUUCUACGGUUUGCAGAAUCUUCUUGCUGAGAAACGAGGUGUCAUUGAUGUUUAUAAUGUAGUUGGAGCUGGUUCUGCUACUGCUUCUACGUUUGGUUUAAUCUUGCCGGGUUCCUUACGUUGGCGCUUAAGGAAUGCAAUGGUGGGCUCACUUUUGGGUGCAACGAUCUGCUUCCCACUCGGUUGGCUUCAUUUGAAGCUUGUGGCGAAAGCAAAUGGAGGGAAAUUGACUACUAGUAACGAGGAAGCGAAGAGUGGUAUUGCUGCUGCCGUUGAGAGGCUUGAAGGAAACUUAGAAAAGAGGGCCUGAUCAUCAUCUUGCAACGUCUGAAGUUAGCAGUGGUGCUCUUGAGCACACGUGGAUUUUUUUCUCUCCUAGAAGCAAGGUGGCUAAUUUCGACAAUUUGUCAAACACUCCUUUCCGGGUGAUCGGCUGGAGAAGAGCGAAUAAUAGAGAAAGUGUGGUAGUGUAUUGUAUUUGAGGCGCAUCCUAGCUUUAGACAUGAUGUUGUUAACAGUAUACCUAUACACAUAUUUGAAAUGGAAUGAAUUUUCAUUAUAUGUACAA